UGUAAUGGACGACCUUGGCCUGGGAUUUCGCUACGUGCAGAAAUGAGCGUCGAUUUGUUUAUGACCACUGCUUUUCUGCCAAAUUGUUUCUACUGUAUUAUCAGAACCAUUCGAAGACUUGAGCUUUUAUAGGCCACACAUGAUGUACUUGGCUUGUGAUUGUUGAAUGUGAAAUAGAUCUACAGUCUAACAACCGGUCAUGCCUUUGAGUGACAGAAUCUUGUAAAUUUUCAUGAUUUGGAUUUUGGUCAUUUUGGACUUGGUUAUCAUCAGCAGACGACGAGCCCUGCCGCAUCGCAAGACAUAAAUCUUGGUGACGCUUGCUUUGGCUGUCACUCAGUCACUUCAAACUUUUUACUAAUAAAAGAGAAUCUAUCUAAGUCACAAAAUUGAGAAUUUACUUAGUACUUUGACUUUGAGUUUGAGUACUAACGAUAGAUUUGGAAAUUUGUUUGCCUCGUCAUUUAUCAAUCUUAUAUUUAUAAUUCAGUGAAAGAAAUAAAACAACAACGAAAAUGCAAGCGUGUCAUAUACGAAGAAGCAGCAGAGCAGUGAUGACACUGUUUCAACGAGGGAUCAACAUGUCGUCCGACCAAAGCUUGAGAAAACUGUCAUCAUUGCCCAUGUCUAAGAAUAGCCUCGGUCUCACAGGAAGUAAGCAGAUGGCUGCUGGCAGACAGCACGGCAGUGACCUUUCUUCUCGCCAAACUAGCAAAAGAUUGUUUUGUGAUAAAACCAAUAAAGAUAUUGAAGUUGACGGAAAAACUAGCAGAACCCCAGAGAAAGUACAGCAAGUUGCAAGCAAUCAACAGCAUGAACACUUUAAUGCUAGAGUUGCAUCUGGUUUUGAUAAGCGUCUCCUCGUUUACUUUGGAAAGUAUAAGAAUGUAGGAGAAGUGCCAGAACUUGUCUCUGUUCACCUGUUGAAUUCCACAAGGAACAAGUUCCGUGUGUAUACCAACAUCUUCAUCGGAUUCCUGACCAUGUUUGGCUGCGGGCUCAUGAUCUAUCGAGGCCAUCGAAGAGCAGGCACGGGCGAAACCUUAGCGGACCACAACAUGCGUCGACACCCGCAACACUACAAACUGCAAGAGAACAAAGACUGAGUAGGUUGACUUCUGUUUAAAACUGCCCAAACGGUUCAAGAGCUCUUAGUCUUGCCCAGUUAUGAGCAAAAGAUGAAAUGCUUUUACCUUUAUUUGAAGUGACGUAA